UUUUCUCUUUUUUUUUUUUUUUUUUUCUCUCUUCAUAAUUUACUUAUCUUCCCUGCUUCCUUUGUCUAAGAAGUAUACUAUCUUCGACAGGUCGUGUUACUCCACGUGCUUCCCUCGUCUAGGGUCUCCGUCGCACUGGUACCGGUGCAUCCUGGCGUCUUCACUUUAUAUACUUCUCCUAUAUACCUAUACCAUCGUCCUCUGAAGUGAAUUGCUCCAACAUCCUUACGUCUCUAUCUAUACAUCUAUCGAUACACAGAUAACCUCUCGUCUGAAACCAACUUCAAAAUGGUCGGUCCCCGUGGUGGUCCAUCUCGCAAGAGCCACACCAAGUCUCGUAACGGCUGUAAAACUUGCAAAAAACGACAUAUUAGAUGCGACGAGAGCUUUCCGCAAUGUCGCAAUUGUACCAAGCACAACUGUCGCUGCGACUACAUGGACUCGUCCGCUGCCAAAGACACUGCCUCCAACCCGCGCAAGGCCCCUGACCUCCUCAUGUCGCCGGAGAUCGAGAGUGAAAUCGAGAACUGGCACGUUACCGGCGUGCCUCCUUUCCCGGAACUGCUCCACUGCCCCCAAAAUGGAUGGCAUGGGCUGUCGCGAACGGAUUUGCGGUUGAUUCAUCACAUUACGGGUCUUUCGAUCGAUCUUCACCGUCGCGGAUUCAGUAACUGCACGACCUGGGCGCGGUUGAUGCCCAACUUCCUUGUAGUUGCGUUGUUGAACGAUUAUGUGAUGAGUUCUAUUCUAGCCCUAUCAGCGGCCCAUCUUGCCUGGAUUACCCGAAACAAAGAUACCAAGUAUCUCGCGCACCGUCACCGAGGGGCCGCGAUCAAGGGACUACACAAGGCUAUUGGUACAUUCUCGAAUGACAACAGUGAGCCAAUCCUGGCAGCCUCGACUUUGCUGUCGUGGCAGACAACGGAAUGGCAGAGUUGGGCAUCUUUGCAGAAGGGAAUCACUACAGUCUUGGCCACAAUGCAUCCAGCCUGGAAGCAAAAGUCAGAGAUAGCCCAGUUCUUGGAGACCCAGAGAUACCUAGGAUGCACCAACUCUCCGGCCAUGACCGGAUUCCAAUUUCAGGAGAAGAACCUGGUCCGCGUCGACCAGACCAUCACGGCCCUCGAGAAUGUACAAGAACAAGUUGCGCAUAGCCACCAGGAGCACUACUGUCGAAUUGGGGAGCUAUUGGAGUUCCUGCGCCACUUCCGUAAGGAUCUUCCCAAACAAACUCCUCAGGAAGCCUUUGAACGCGUUCAGCCCUUACGACGAUGGCUGUUCUGGUUGCCUCCUGCCAUGCUCCGGGGCGGAGAAACCGAUAUCAGCGCGCUCGCCAUUCUUUCCCAUUUCUUCGCUACUGCAGUCACCUUGGAUGCGGUCUUCCCUAAUUUGGGUGGCGCAUAUUUGGGUCCUCUCUCAAUGGGGCCCAUUGAGGACAUCUAUCGGAUUAUUGCUGCCCGUAACGCGACAGAUCCAUUUAACCCGGAACUACAACUGGCCCUCACCUUGAUGGACCUCCCGCAGCAAGCAGUCGCCCAAUACAAGAACCGCUUGUAUUUGUCACCGCGAUCUUCCAUCGAUUAUACCUCCCCACCACCCCUCAGUCCUUAUGCCCCGGUUCAAGACUUCCGGGCAGGUUCUUCCUCUUCUCCAUCCACCUCACCUUCAUACACGCCGUACACUCCUCCUCUUCACUCUCCCCCGGAAGUGGGCGUUGCAACCUCUCCAUUCGAGUUUGUCGAUUGCAUGACAGCGCCGACACAAGCAUUAUACCCACCGUCGCCGGGCUUACUCUCGGAUUCCUGCGAGGGCGUGUCUGAUUUCUCAUCAGCCUACCCCGAUGACGUCCUCUGCAACGGUGGUCUCUCUCGAACAAACGACACUCUGGGAAUGAUUUUUGGAUAUUGUCCUCCACCAGAGACUAAUCGGGACUUGCUUGCGCCCGAGUCCAACUGGGCAUGAAGCGCAGUUCAUACUUCUCUUUCCGACAUUAUGCUUACGAGCAAUGCUUCACUUCUGAUACCCUUUCUAUUAUUCACCAUAUUGAUUUGACUAUAUAUGAUUUAUUUAUCUGCUUGAGUGACUGGUGUUAAUUUUGCAUGCAACUAACUGGGACGGAUUUGUGCUUAUUCUUGUUUGGAUAUGAUACCAUGGGGUCAAUUAACGAGGAAACAUACUACUUAUUCUGCUAUAGGCGCAUUGGAAUGACGAACAUACUCUAUUCUAUAAUUUUUACUAUAUUGAUCCAGCCUUAAUGGAUUGACUUUUUCAUCUUGAGGCGCUGUACCAGGACCAUAAGCUAAGCUUCU